AUGUCUUCUUUGAAAAAAUUUCUUCUCAAUUUAAAUCUUUUCAAACCAUCAAUCGAGAGUGGCGAAAGAGAAAACGACCAGCAACGUCGACUAAAUCUCAUUAGUACUCGAAUCUAUCUGGCAGUUCUCAUACUAAUUAUAUUUAUUCUCGGUAUUUAUUUGUGGUUAAAUCCUCAAACAAGAAUUAUUACGCUUCAUCAUCCAUCUAACGAUGAAUAUGAACAUCUACCGAUCGAUGUACAAUGUUUAUGUUCUAAAAUAUCUAUCCGAUACGGUGAAUUUACAUCGAUCAAUGCAAGUUUUCAUCAAGUAUGUUCCAGUGCUUUUAUAACUGAUCGAUGGAUUGAAGCUAUUAAUUCUGGUUCAAAUUCAACAUUUUUCUAUUAUAAAGAUUUUCGAACUUUUGGUAGUGCUCAAUUUCAAUUACUCGCUGCUUUUUGUCGUCUGUCAAAGAUUAGUGUUACACAAAGUAUUGCUUCGUUUAAAAUGAGCACAUUACUUAAUCCUCAAUUAUUAUCAAAAAGAAUUCUAGAAUUACAAGUGAAUACAUCGGUUAAUCAAUUUCAACAAACUGCACCAAAUACACUCAAAAAUCAAUUACAAGUAGUUCGUGAAAUAACAUUAGCUAAUCGAUUAUUUUCAGGACUUGAAACAAAUAUGCUACCAUUUUAUUACGUAAAUGAAUGGGAUUUAUCUUAUCAGAUACAUCAAACACCAAAUAGUUAUACCCUUAUCAAUGGAUCUUGGUGUGAUUGUCGUAACGAUCUUGAAUGUACGAGUCCUGCAGGUAUUUAUAAUAUAUUUGCUCGAACAUCACAAGUUGAAGUUGGAUAUACAAACGACGAACUUCAAAUGGCUAUUCCUGGUAUUUUAGCUGGUUGUCUGCCAAUAACUACUAUGCUCCAUUCGACACUUGAAUGUUUCUACAAUCAAACAUGUUUAGAUGAACUUAUUGGAUUUUUACCAACAACUGAGAGAUUUUCAGCAAUGAACAUUCCUAAAGAAAGUAAUUACGAAAUAAAUUCAACAAUAAAAAUUUUAGUUGAUCAUUUAAUGGUUGAAGAAGUAAUGAAUGAUUUUUCAUAUGAAAAUUAUUAUGACCAAUGUGCACCGAUUUCAUGUACCUAUUCACAGACAAGUCGGGAUAGUUUUAUAUUUGUUAUAUCUAAACUUAUCGGUUUGCUUGGUGGUUUAACAGUGGCACUUGGAAUAAUUAUUCCAGCCAUUGUUGGUUUUAUUAAACAACCAAGAAACACUGAACCAACACCAAAACUUCCAUUGACUAUUCGUUUAAAACAAUUGAAAAGAAGUCUUGAAAAACAUGUAAUUGAGCUGAAUAUUUUCAAACGUUAUCCAAGUAAUGAUCGUCAAAUACGUUAUCAACAUUAUGCGACAAGAUUAUAUAUAUUACUUAUCUUAAUUUCAUUGAUUACUCUCAGUUUAUAUUUCCUAUUAAUCAAACAAGUUCAUCAAGAAACGAUUCUCAAUCUAAACGAAUUUCAUUACUUGAAACUCGAAGAAUUGUAUCCAAAUAGUCUUGUGUGUCCAUGCUCAUCUAUCUCUAUACCUUAUGGCAAUUUUAUUGCUAUCCAACCUGAAUAUCAUCAAAUAUGUUCUAGUGAUUUUGUUAGUUCUGAAUGGAUCAAUUAUAUAACAACGCAUUUUGCGAUAGAAGUAAGUCGAACAUUAUAUUAUCCAGCUCAAGGUAGCGCUUUAUUUGUUUUACUUGAAACAUUAUGUCAACAGAUAAAACGAAAAGUUAAUGAUGCUCUUGAAAUUUUCUUGCAAACGAACCUCGUUAGUGCACACGUUAUUUCUUCAGAACUUCUGAAGUUUCAAGGAAAUGAAUUAAUUCUUAACUUACGAUCAAGUACUACUAAUGAAUAUUUGCGUAUAAUUGAAUUAUUUAGUGCAACUAAUCAAGCUAAUCAAUUAUUAAACGACUUUACUAGUGCAGAUUGGAUAGUAGAUGCAUAUACUGGGUAUAUAUCACUAGUACCAAAAGUAUAUUCCAAUUGUUCUUGUGGUUUAUCUCAAUCAUGUCAUGCACUAAUGGGUGUACCUGUUGUUGAUGUAGUUGCUGGUGAAUGGAUAUCUCAACCUGUUCCUAGCUUAUACGCAGGUUGUCUCCCAAUUGAAGGAUUGCUUGCGUCUACAUUAGAAUGUUUUUAUAAUCGAUCAUGUAUGCUAUUUUUGGAUUCGUAUAUGGAACAACCACUUCAAGAUGCUUUUAAUUUUUCUGCACUUAAUCCUAAUCGUAGCUCACCAUAUGAAACGAUUGAAUCAUUGAUUAAUCGACUUAUGAUCGAAUCAUGGUUACCAAAUAUUUCAUUUUCUUCAUAUUAUAAUGCAUGUGCACCAUUAUCAUGUACAUUUCAAUAUAAUGAUCGAAAUAAUAUAUUUGUUGUUAUUGCUACUAUUAUUGGUCUUUUUGGAGGAUUAUCACUUGGUUAUAAACUUCUUAUUUUAAUUUUGCUUCGAUUAAUUGAAAAAUUUAUAGAUGGUAUAUCUUAUCAAGCUUUUAUUCAAAUGAUUAAACAUUUAUUUCGUUUUUCCGAUGAACAACAAAUAAUAGAUCGUAUACAUUUUAUAUUACUUCUAACAAGUUUAUGUACUUUUUAUAUGCUAUCAGCUUUUAUUCCUCAAUCUUUAACAAAAGAAUAUCAUGUAACAUCAUUAUCAAUGUAUGAAAAUCUUGUAAAACAAUUUUCUGAUUCUUCUCUUCAAUGUUCUUGUUCACAAAUAUCCAUUAAAUAUGAAUCAUUUUUUAAUAUUAAACCUCGUUUUCAUGAAAUUUGUUCAAGUGAAUUUGUUUCUCCGGAAUGGAUUGAAUAUUAUUAUAAUGAUGGAAAUUUAUCUUCUCAAUAUGCAUUCGAUGAUUUUCGUUAUUCAGCUAGUUUUCAAUUUCAAGGUCUUGCUUUACUUUGUCGACUAUCUAAAAAAAUAGUAGAUGAUGAAAUUUCGCAAUUAAUUACACGUUAUUUUAUUGAUGCUCAACUUUUAUCAUCGCAUUUAUUAAAUGAACGUGUUCAAACAUUUAUUAAUGAUUUUCAAUUAACAAUGCCGAAUUUAUUCCUCAGUACUUUAUUACUUAUUCGAGAAACAACAGGAACCAAUAUGAUUAUGAAUACAAUAUCAACUAAUUGGAAAUUUUCUACUACAGAUUUCCCAGGUUUAGGGUGGGCUGCACAUACAGUUCCGAUUGUUUAUGGAAAUUGUAGUUGUUCUAUUUCAUCAAAAUGUGUUAUUCCAUCACAAAAUAUGUUAGCUGGUUGUUAUCCACUUGAAGCUCUUUUACAACUAACACUUCAGUGUUUCUAUGAUCAACAAUGCAUUGAUUCUACUGAAACAUUUAAAGCGAUGAAUAUAUCAUCGAUAAACUCUAGUCGAUUUAAUAUUAAUACCACUUUAGAAACUAUUAUAAAUCAACUUACAAUCGAAGAAUAUUUAACUAAUAUAUCAUACGACAAAUAUUUUAAUCAAUGUGCACCCACAUCAUGUUUCGAUUCUUAUAUUGAUCGCAAUAAUUUCAUUCAAGGUAUAACUUCUUUAGUUGGAUUAUAUGGAGGGUUAAUUAUUAUCUGUAGAGUGGUAGCUGUGGUCAUUAUCAAAUUAAUUCGAUCUCCUAAUCGACAAAUCAUUCCAAUAAUAAAUUAA